CAAGCUGGGGAAGAUCCAGACUCUUGUAUUGUUGCUUUUACCUCAAAAACACUUGGUAUGGUAGUUAGCUUACUAGCUGCCGGUGGUGUCCAGCUGUCUGUUUUCACUCCGAGCUGCUUGUAACAUUUGUAUGCAUCGAGUUUAAACCAAGUGAGGAUGGCGAGUGUGCAUGAAAGUCUGUAUUUUAAUCCCAUGAUGACGAACGGGGUGGUCCAUGCUAACGUGUUCGGCAUUAAAGACUGGGUGAGUCCGUAUAAAAUCUCGGUGCUGGCGCUGCUGUACGAGAUGACCGCUUCUAAGAUGACCCUGCCGGAGAGAAGGAGGCUCAACAAGCUCAUCCUGCCCCUUCAACAGGGUCCAGACCUGACUCUCGGCCAGUUCCUGAAGACUGUGAAGGAGUGCUGUCCUCAGACUGCGUAUGCUGUCAAACUCAGUGGUAGCACUCCGAGCAGAGGUCCUCUCUCACAAAAACAAGCUGAAUACUUUCUUGCACGACAGGCGUAUCUUCUGAAGAACGAUGAGAACAAAGCCCUGAAGCCUGCAGCGCUGCAGGAGGAGCUCAACAACAUGCUCAAGUUUAACCCCGACUUCGCAGAAGCGCAUUACCUGAACUACCUGAACAGCAUGAGAGUGCAGGACAUCUUCCUCUCAGCCCACAGCCUCCUGCAUUAUUUUGACCGCCUCAUCUUGUCCAGUACCGAGGGGAAGAGCAACGGAGAGGAAGGCUACGGUCGGAGUCUCCGCUACGCUGCUCUCAACCUGGCAAGCCUGCACUGUCGCUUUGGCCACUAUCAGCAGGCUGAUCUGGCUCUGCAGGAGGCCAUCCGGAUCGCCCAGGAGUCCAACGAUCACGUCUGCCUGCAGCACUGUCUGAGCUGGCUCUACACCCUGGAACAGAUGAAGGGAACCGACAGCACCGUGCUAACGGAGGACUCGGUGAAAAUGGCCGCUCAUUUCUGCCUGCCCUACUUGGCGUCUCUGGGCAUUCAGUCGUUGGUCCAGCAGGGAGCGACGCAGGGUAAGACUGCGCACAAACUGAUGGAUGCGCUGAAGGACACGGACAUCCUGCACUGGAAGCAGAGCCUGUCGGAGCUGAUCGAGAUCAGUCUGGCGCAGACCACGUCCAUAUGGAGGAUGUACGGAAAGAGCACCAUGGCCCUGCAGCAGGCCCAGCUGCUCCUCAACAUGAGCAGUCUGGAGCCGGUCAACUUCGGGGUCCAUCAGAACAACACGGAGGCCUUUGCCGUGGCGCUCUGCCAUCUGGCCGAGCUGCACGCUGAGCAGGGCUUGUAUGCUGCAGCGUCAGAGGUUUUCCAGCAUCUGAAGGAACAGUUUCCUCCUCACACUCAGCAUGCUAAGCUCUGGAUGUUGUGUGAUUUGAAAAUUCAGUUUGAAAAACACAUGAAUGAAAGGAAAUAUCAUUUAGCGGAGCCGCUAGUGAACGCUGUCUCAGCCCUUAACAAAACAGAAGGACUCUACAGGAAAGCUCAAGUUCUGAAGGCGCUCAGCCGCAGCACUGAGGCAUACAACAUCUUACAGCGUCUGCAGGUCCACUGUGAGAAGACGAAAUGCACAGACGUGAUCAUCAGAGUGAUGCUGUCCACUGCUGAGCUGCACUGGGAAUCGUCCGGCUUCUCCACAGCUCUUCCCAUUCUCCUGCAGGCGCUGACUCUGGCCAGACAGCACCACCUUCAGUCCCUGGUCUCAGAAUCCAUCCUUCAUCUGGCCUUCACUCAGCUGAUGCUGGGAGUCCCUGAUCGUGCUCUGCUUGUUCUUCAUGAAGCCAUGGAGCCGGUUCUGGCCCACGGAGCUGUCAUAGACAAAGGGCGUGCCAUUCUGCUGGCUGCACGCUGUCAGAUGGCUGUAGCUGGGUUUGGACCAAAUGGACAUGGUCAACCAGAUUUGCAGUUGGCACUUUUGGCUGCUGACACACUGAACGAGGCUGCAGUCUAUUUUUCCAAGCUGAACUGUAAAGAGCGGCUGCGGGACGUCCACUACCUGCAGGCUCAGCUCCACCGCUACCUGGGACAAACCCAGGAGAGCAACAAAAGUGCUAUGCUCUUCCGGCUGCUGGACCAGGAGCUGCAGACUCCGGCACCGCCCGUUUCCAUGCAACUCUGA